AUGUGCGGUGGCUCGGCGAUUUUAUCAUGGUACAGCGCGACGCUCCCUCGUUCGUGCAAUAGAGCAAUCUCACGCUGCCGAGCGGAAGACGAGCCAAGGGAAAAACCUCCAUCAUGCAGCCUCUUUCUCCCACACGCACUUGGCGGGCACUCCCCUUCCCGCUCGCGAGCACUCCCAUUCGUCAAGCUAGCGAUCACUUUCCCCGUCGUGCGCACUCCCCAUCCCCGUCGUGCGCACUCCCCACCCCCGUCGUGCGCACUCCCCACCCCCGUCGUGCGCACUCCCCACCCCCGUCGUGCGCACCCCCCACCCCCGUCGUGCGCACCCCCCCACCCCCGUCGUGCGCACUCCCCACCCCCGUCGUGCGCACUCCCCACCCCCGUCCACUCCCCUUCCCCCUCCCUAGCACUCCCAUUCCCCCUGGCUAGCAAGCACUCCCCUUCCCCAACUCACUCGCCUUCCCCCUCCCUAGCACUCCCGUUCCCCCACCGCAAGCCCUCCCUUUCCCCCACGCUAGCACUCCCCUCCCUCCUCGCAAGAAAGCACUCCCCUUCCCCCACGCUAGCCCUCCCCUUCCCCCUCCCUAGCACUCCCAUUCCCCUCCCCAAGCCCACCCCUUCCCCAACGCCUGCCCUACCCUCCCCCCUCGCUAGCAAGCACUCCCCUUCCCCAACUCACUCGCCUUCCCCCUCCUUAGCACUCGCCUUCCCCCUCCCUAGCACUGCCCUUCCCCUCCCUAGCACUCCCCUUCCCCACCGCAAGCCCGGCCCUUCUCCCACGCUAGCACUCCCAUUCCCCCUCGCUAGCAAGCACUCCCCUUCCCCAACUCGGGCGCCUUCCCCCUCCCUAGCACUGCCCUUCCCCCUCCUUACCACUCGCCCACCCCUCCCUAGCACUCCCCCCUCCCCUUCCCCCUCCCUAGCACUCCCCUUCCCAGACGCUACCCCUCCCCUUGUGCCACCGUCCAAAUCCCCCUCUCAUGCUUUCCUCCCUUGCACCGCCGUCCCAUUCCCCCUUUCUUCUCCCCGCCUCCCAUGCAGGACAGUCACAUUGCCCUUCUUCUUUCAUCCCUUGCGCCACUGUCCCAAUCCCCCUCUCACCCUUCCUCUCCUUGAAGGGCAGUCCCUUGUCCUUUUCCCCCUUUCUCUCACCCUUCCACCCUUGCAGUGCAGGGCAGCCCCAUUUCCCUUCUCCACCUCCAAUCCCUUAGGACAUCGUCCCAAUCCCUCUCUCAUCCUGGCCCCCCUUGCACCAGUGUCGUAUUCCCCCUUUCUCGCACCCUUCUACUCUUGCAGGGCAGUCCCAUUUCCCUUCUCCACCUCCAAUCCCUUAGGACAUCGACAGUCACAUUUUCCUUCUACUUCCAUCCCUUGUACCACAGUCUCAAUCCCUCUCUCACCCUUCCUCCCUUGCAGGGCAGUCCCAUUUCCCCCUUCUCCUCCUCCAAUCCCUUAUAACAUCUCCCUUUCCCUUUCCCUGGCGGACGUGCCGACGGGGGCGGACCAAGCUCAACCUGCAACUUUGGGAGGCUCGUGCGAUGAAAACAUCAACCCGACAGAGCAGCAGUUACCCCCCGGGCAGGAAAGUGUAACCGAUGCUGUUGCAAGGGAGAUCGAGAGCACUGUGGUGGGGAGCGGCUCGAGGCCUUGUCGGUGGCAGGAGCGGGGUGUUGGUAAACGUAGUCAUGCUGAUAUGUUGAAGAUGGCUACGGACGACAUGGGGAUGGAUGAGGUCGUGACGGAGGUGAAUGUAGGACAACGGUGGAGUGUUCACUUCCAUCACUGCAUGGUGCGGGCCGCGACUUUGGCCCGGGAUGGACGCCCCAUGUCAGCGAAAGACGUGGCAGACGAGUUGGCGCUUUGUGCUGACCAUUGGGCGGGUUUACAUGCAGGGUGUGACAGGGGUGAUGUUCCCCCGCGCUGUGUGCGGGACAAAUGGGGAGAGGAGAGCGCCAUCUACCCACCUGGCUCGCAGACCCAUAUUGACUUGAAGAAGUGGUUGGAGAAGCACUGCAGCGAGGAGGCGAUGAGACCAUACGUUUUUGAAGACUACGAUGUUGCUACGGAGAAUCCCCCUGGUCAGACGGCAAGCAAGCGCGCCAAUUGGAGGGAGCUCUCUCGCUCGCUUCCCGCGCGGGUGCGCCGUUCCCCCCACCGCGGUUUCCCCCGCGCCUUGCUCCGCGCGCGCGGGGUUGGGCGCGCCCAUGGUGGUGGGGGGAAUGGUGCUGGACGUGCAGGGAGCGGGCGUGGAGAGGGCGCUGGAACGAGGCACCACCACGCCAGGAUAGGUACACGUGCUCCGCGCCCCUGCGCUCUGCUCUCUGCCCCCUGCGCUCUGCUCUCCGCCCCCUGCGCUCUGCGCUCUGCCCCCUGCCCUCUGCCCCCUCCGCCCCCUGCGCUCUGCCCCCUGCGCUCCACCCCCUGCGUUCUGUCCCCUGAGCUCUGCGCCCUGCGCCCUAUUCUCUGCGCCCUAUGCACUGCGCCCUAUGCUCUGCGCCCUAUGCACUGCGCCCUAUGCUCUGCGCCCUAUGCACUGCGCCCUAUGCUCUGCGCCCUAUGCACUGCGCCCUAUGCUCUGCGCACUUUGCCCUGGUUUCUAUUCCCCUUCUCGCCAAACCUCCACCCGCCCCCGCCCUUUCCAACCCCUACCCCUCAUGGUUGUCCUCUUCCUCCCUUUCCCCCACCCGUUUUCUUCCUCCCGCAUGAGGCAGGGAGGGAGGGCAGGAAAAAGGAAUUUGAGGGGGGAGUGUUGUCCAUUGCUGCAUGUCUCAACCUCUCAUGUGUGUCUCACCCCUCCCCCUCUCCCCCUCCUCAUUCCUUUCUCUCUGACGGCCGAGCCCUUCCCCCGUUCCUCCUCUCCCCCUCUUUGCUCUGUUUCUCGUCUCUUCCUAACCACUUUUCCCUGCUCCCCCACCUGCUUACCUGA